AUGGACGUCGAGGUACCCCACGACCCAAACGACAAGCAAUAUGUGUCCCAGGAUGCACCAAAGCGCAUAAAGCAGAUCCAGUUCCAGCCAUUCGCGCCCAAGGACAUUGUCCGCGUCUCCGAGGUCGAGGUCACCAUCCCAGAGCUGUACAAGAACCAUGAGGAUGGUUCCCGUACGACUGCGCCGGGAGGACCGCUUGACGCAAGGAUGGGGCCGAACGAGAAGGGUGGCACCUGCCCAACAUGUCACGAGGACCACACCCACUGCGUUGGCCACUACGGCUAUGUCAAGCUGGCCCUCCCCGUCUUUCACAUUGGUUACUAUCGUCCAACCAUUAACAUGUUGCAGUGCAUCUGCAAGACGUGUGCUCGCGUGCUCCUCCCACCUCAAGAACGUGCCGCGUUCCUCAAGCGCUUUCGCCGUCCCAAGUUGGAAAUGCUGCAGCGCCAGGGUGCGCAGAAGGGUGUGCUCGCCUCAUGCAAGAAGGUGACUACCUGCCCCUACUGCUUUGCGCCGAACGGAAUCGUCAAGCGGUCCGGCACGCUCAAGAUUUCGCACGAGCCGUACCGUUCGAAUAAGAACGCCGAAGCGAAGCAGGAGUGGAUGUCCAACUUCAAGUCGGUCAUCACGGAGCAGGGCGCCAUUGGAACGCACCUCAACAAGUCUGUCGAGGACAUGAACCCGCUCAAGGUGCUAGAGCUGUUCCGCCGCGUGACUGCCGAGGAUUGUGAGCUGCUUGCGCUGCGUCCCGAAAUUGGCCGUCCUGAAGAUUAUCUCUGGACGUACAUCUCGGUGCCGCCGCCGUCGAUUCGCCCCUCGGUUGCGUCCGAAGCGGGUAACAACGAGGACGACCUGACGGCCAAGCUCGUUGAGAUCGUCAACCAGAACCGCAUGCUUAUGUCGGUGAUGGAGAAGGGGCAAGGACUUUCUCAGACCAUCUCCAAUUGGGACGCACUGAGUCAAAUGAUUGCGCUCUACAUCAACUCGCAGACCCCAGGUAUCAACACGACGGGCAGCAAGCCGAUCCGCGGCUUCGUCCAGCGUCUGAAAGGCAAGUCGGGUCGUUUCCGUGGCAACUUGUCCGGAAAACGUGUCGACUUCUCUGGUCGUACCGUCAUCGGUCCCGACCCAAACCUGCGAAUUGACGAGGUUGCCGUUCCAGAGAAGAUUGCGGUCAAGCUCUCGUACCCAGAGCGUGUCACGGACUACAACAUGGAGGCCAUGAGGCAGUGCGUGGUCAACGGCGCCAAGCUGCACCCUGGCGCGAACGUAAUCGAGACUGGGCGUGGACCGUAUCCCCGUCGCUCUCUUCAGCCCAUCAGGGACAUUGAGCGCCGCAAGGAGAUGGCCCGCAACCUGCGGAUUGGCGACAUCGUCCACCGCCACGUUCGCGAUGGUGAUAUCGUGCUCUUCAACCGGCAACCAUCACUCCACAAGAUCUCGAUCAUGUGUCACCGUGUUCGCGUGCGACCAUGGCGCACGUUCCGUCUCAACGAGUGUGUGUGCAACCCCUACAACGCCGACUUCGACGGAGACGAGAUGAACCUGCACGUUCCGCAAACAGAAGAAGCGCGUACUGAGGCACUUGAGCUCAUGUCGGUCAAGAAGAACCUGGUCACGCCGCGCAACGGCGAGCCUAUCGUCGCCGCCAUCCAGGACUUCAUCACUGCGUCGUACCUUCUCUCCAAGCGCGACCGCUUGCUAGACCGCCAGCAGUUCACCCAGAUUGUGUCGUACUUGGGCGACGCAAAUAUCCCCAUCGAGCUGCCUCCACCCACCAUCUGGAAGCCGCAGAGGCUAUGGACUGGAAAGCAGGUGUACAACCUCCUCAUGCGUCCGAACAAGAGCUCGAACGUGCUCGUCAACCUCGAGGCGAAAUGUAGGACAUUGGUCGAGCCGCGCGCCGAGUACAACUUCCCUCUCGACAUGGCGCCCAACGACGGCUACCUCGUCAUCCGUAAUUCGGAGGUCAUGUGUGGUGUGUUCGACAAGAACACGGUCGGUGACGGAAAAAAGAACUCUGUGUUCGGAGUCAUUCUGCGUGACUACGGCAGCAACGAGGCGGCGAUGGCUAUGACCAGGCUCGCCAAGUUGUCAGCACGCUGGCUCGCGAACCAGGGCUUUUCACUUGGUAUCAAUGACGUUAUUCCGGGCCCUGUCCUCCAGGAGAGCAAGGAUGCUCUGGUCGAGAAGGCAUACAAGGAGUGCGACGACAACAUCGAGCUGGCCAAGCGCGGCAAGUUGCAGAACAUGCCCGGAUGUGACCAGGAGACUACUCUUGAGAGCACCAUCUCGGGGACCCUGUCUGCCACGCGUGCCAACGUCGGUGACAUCUGCAAACGCGAACUGUCGCGUGCCAACGCUCCGCUUAUCAUGGCCACCUGUGGAUCCAAGGGUUCGCUCAUCAACGUCGCCCAGAUGGUUGCACUGGUCGGCCAGCAGAUUAUUGCUGGUAAGCGUGUCGCAAACGGCUUCCAGGACCGCUCUCUACCGCACUUCAAGAAGAAGAGUAUCGACCCACCAGCGAAGGGUUUCGUUCGUAACUCGUUCUUCUCCGGUCUCUCGCCCGCCGAGUUCCUCUUCCACGCCAUUUCCGGUCGUGAGGGUCUUGUCGACACUGCAGUAAAGACGGCCGAGACUGGUUACAUGGCACGUCGUCUGAUGAAGUCGCUCGAGGACCUGUCGGCCCAAUACGACUUGUCGGUGCGCAACUCUGUCGGCACCGUCGUGCAGUUCGAGUACGGUGACGACUCGCUCGAUCCGGCGUGCCUUGAGGGUGACGCGACGCCCGUUGAGUACGUGCGUAGCUGGCAGCAUGCCAUGGCCACCGCCCCGAAGGACGACGAGAAACUCUAUCCUUAUCAGAUUGAGGAGAUUGCUCGUUACAUCUACCCAGAGCUCUACGCGGGCAAGGGGAAGGCUAUCAUCCCGCAGGAGUGGCAACAAGUGCACGUCAAGUUCCGCGAGGACACGUACCACUUCAUCAACGACAAUAUCGCCAAGAAAAUGGCCGAACAGCGCGAGCGUCGCGGUGUGCCCGCCGCCGACACGAGAGAAGCGGCGGAAGAGUACGAGGACUUCUUGCAGUCGCCAGACCCGGUGGUUCAGCGCGCGCUUGUCAACGCGUUCUCCGUCACGCGUUCGCAGCUCGACCAAUUCCUCGAGAACUGUCGUACACGUUACCUGCUUGCCAAGAUCGAGCCGGGAUCCACUGUUGGUGCUGUUGGUGCUCAGUCGAUCGGUGAGCCUGGUACCCAGAUGACCCUCAAGACGUUCCACUUCGCUGGUGUCGCAUCCAUGAACGUCACGCUCGGUGUGCCGCGAAUCAAGGAGAUUAUCAACGCGGCCAAGAUCAUUUCGACUCCCAUUAUCACUGUGGAGCUCGAGCAGAAGCGGGACGAGUCGGUUGCUCGUAUCGUCAAGGGUCGUAUCGAGCGGUCGACGCUUGGCGAGGUCGCUUCGAUCAUCGAAGAGGCGUGGACAGGCGCCGGCGCAUUCAUCGAGGUGCAUGUUGACAUGGAUGCCAUCUCGAAGCUGCAGCUCGAGAUCACCUUAGACAGCAUCAAACACUCGCUUACGCUCGCGCCAAAGUUGAAGAUCCGCGACAGUGACGUCACAAUCAACUCCAAGAAGUCACGCAUCAAGAUUUAUGUUAACGACCCGUCCGACAAGGACAAGUUUUCGGGCGUGUAUGAGCGCCUCAAGUACCUCAAACGCGCGAUCCCGUACGUCCAGGUCAAGGGCCUCCCGGAGAUCGACCGCUCCGUCAUCAACAAGGACGAGAAGGACAACAAUAGGCUGCAGCUCCUCGUGACAGGCUAUGGUCUGAGCGAGGUCAUGGGCACGGACGGCGUCGACGGUAUCAACACCAAGACGAACCAUGUCAUGGAGACAGCAAAGGUGCUCGGUAUCGAAGCGGCACGUCAGACCAUCUACAACGAGAUUCAGACGACCAUGAGGUCUCACGGCAUGAGCAUUGACCCACGCCAUGUCAUGCUCCUCGGCGAUGUCAUGACGUACAAGGGCGAGGUGCUCGGCAUCACGCGCUUUGGUGUCCAGAAAAUGAAGGACUCGGUGCUCAUGCUUGCGUCGUUCGAGAAGACGACGGACCACCUCUUCGACGCCUCCCUUUUCUCCAAGGUCGACGAAAUCGAGGGCGUUUCCGAGUGCAUCAUCAUGGGCACGCCUGCACCAGGCUGCGGCACGUCUCUCGCGUCAAUUGUCACCCAGGCGCCGUUCCUGGCUAAGCGCAAGCCCCUCCUCUUCGAGUCUGCCUACAAGGACGGCCGCGAGCGCGUCGUGUCCGGCAUGGACAUCGACUAA